AAAUUAAAAUAAGCCCUUGCAAAACCAUAGCUCACUCGCUUCUCCCCUGCUCUCUCUCCGUCUCUUCCUUCUGAAGCGAGCGGCAAAAAAGUUCCCCUCAAAACCUGAAGUUUUAGGUUUUAGGAAGAAUGAGUAGCUGGCGGACUCUUUUGCUGAGGAUCGGCGAUAAAUGCCCCGAAUACGGCGGAAACUCUGAUUUCAAAGAACACAUUGAAACAUGCUACGGCGUACUGUGGCGCGAGUUGGAGCACUCUGGAGACGAUAUUUUGGACUUUCUUCUCCAGUGUGCUGAACAAUUGCCUCAUAAGAUUCCUCUGUAUGGGACACUGGUUGGUUUGUUGAAUCUGGAAAAUGAGGACUUUGCUAAAAGAGUAGUGGAGACUACUCAUACUAAUUUGCAGGAUGCAUUAGAUUCUGGAAAUUGUGAUAGGAUUCGUAUUUUGAUGCGGUUCCUGACAGUACUGAUGUGCAGCAAGGUCCUUCAACCAGGUUCAAUAGUGGUGGUCUUUGAAACACUAUUAUCAUCAGCUGCCACAACAAUUGAUGAAGAGAAUGGAAAUCCUUCUUGGCAAGCAUGUGCUGAUUUUUAUAUAACAUGCAUUUUAUCAUGUCUCCCUUGGGGAGGGGCGGAGUUGAUUGAGCAAGUUCCUGAGGAGAUUGAGAGAGUCAUGGUUGGCAUAGAAGCUUAUUUGAGCAUCAGAAAACGCACAUGUGAUGUUGGGUUCUCAGUUUUUGAGCUUGAUGAUGAAAAUCAGAAUGUUCGUGAUGAAAAGGACUUUUUAGAAGAUUUAUGGGAUCGAAUACAAGCUUUAUCCAGCAAUGGAUGGAAGCCUGAUAGUGUUCCCAGACCUCACCUUUCGUUUGAAGCUCAGUUGGUUGGUGGGAAGUCUCAUGAUUUUGCUCCUAUCAGCUGUCCUGACCAUCCUCAGCCCCCUUCUACACUUUCUGGGAUUACCUGUGGCAAACAAAGGCAUGAAGCUGAAUUGAAGUAUCCCCGAAGACUUCGCAGGCUUAAUAUAUUUCCUGCAAGCAAAACUGAGGAUCUACAGCCCAUAGAUCGCUUUGUUGUGGAAGAGUAUUUACUAGAUGUUCUUCUCUUUCUCAAUGGCUGUCGCAAAGAAUGUGCAUCAUGUAUGGUUGGCCUUCCUGUUUCAUUCCGGUAUGAGUAUCUGAUGGCAGAGACAAUUUUCUCCCAGCUACUUUUACUACCACAACCCCCAUUCAAGCCCAUAUACUACACAUUGGUUAUUAUUGACCUCUGUAAGGCUCUUCCAGGGGCUUUUCCAGCAGUUGUAGCUGGUGCUGUUCGUGCUCUUUUCGAAAGAAUUGCUGAUUUAGAUAUGGAAUGCCGAACACGUCUCAUCCUAUGGUUCUCGCACCACCUAUCAAACUUUCAGUUUAUUUGGCCAUGGGAAGAAUGGGCAUAUGUGUUAGACCUCCCAAAAUGGACUCCCCAAAGGGUGUUUGUUCAGGAAGUACUGGAAAGAGAAGUCCGUUUAUCAUACUGGGAGAAAAUCAGGCAGACCAUCGAGAAUGCCUCUGCAUUGGAAGAGCUACUUCCUCCCAAGGGUGGAUCAAACUUCAAAUACAGUGAGGAUGGGGGAGAAGGAACAAAAGAACAUGAACUUUCAGUUGAGUUGAAUAGUAUGGUGAAAGGAAAAUCAGUAGCCCGUCAAAUUAUUUCAUGGGUAGAAGAGACUAUAAUCCCAGUUCAUGGCUUCAAAGUUGCACUUGAAGUCAUCAUUCAAACCCUUCUUGACAUUGGGUCAAAAAGUUUUACUCAUCUAAUCACUGUAUUGGAGAGGUAUGGCCAAGUCAUUGCAAAGCUAUGUCCUGAUCAAGAUAAGCAAAUGAUGUUAAUAGAUGAAGUUAGUUUUUUCUGGAAAAACAAUGCCCAGAUGACAGCUAUUACCAUUGACCGUAUGAUGGGUUACCGGCUUAUAUCUAAUUUGGCCAUUGUAGAAUGGGUUUUCUCUCCAGCUAACAUUGAGCAAUUUCAUUCAUCAGAUCGUCCAUGGGAGAUUCUUAGAAAUGCAAUCAACAAAACAUAUAAUCGCAUCUCUGAUCUAAGGGAAGAGAUUUCAUCCCUUAAGAAGAGUGUUGUAUCAUCUGAGGAAGCUGCAGCAAAGGCUCAAGAGGAAUUAGAGGCUGCUGAGUCGAAGCUUACAGUUGUGAAUGGUGAACCUGUACUAGGUGAAAAUCCUGCAAGGUUAAAGCGCUUGAAAUCAUUUGCUGAGAAAGCAAAAGAGCAAGAAGUAUCUGUUCGGGACUCUUUAGAGGCUAAGGAAGCUCUCCUUGCUAGAGCCCUUGAUGAAAAUCAGGUGUUAUUCGUCUCUCUGUAUAAGAACUUUUUAAAUGUGCUCAUGGAACGUCUGCCUAAUGCAUUUGAUGAAGAAAUGAAGGGGGGUCUACGGCCUACUCAGACAGAUGCAAUGGCUGUUGACCCAGAUGAAACAUCCACAAUGGAUGUGGACAAAGAAAAUGGAAAUCCUAAAAGUCAAGCAAAUGGGGAAAGAGCAGGCAGUGGCUACAAUAUUGGGGAGAAAGAACAAUGGUGUUUAUCAACCUUGGGUUAUAUGAGGGCCUUUUCAAGACAAUAUGCUACUGAGAUAUGGCCUCACAUUGAGAAGCUGGACACAGAGGUAUUUACGGAAGACUGUCACCCACUUAUCCGAAAAGCGGUUUACUCGGGUUUGCGUCGAUCAAUCCAUGAAGGAUGAUCGGGUCCAUUUCUUGUAAUUUUGUUGUAUUCAAUAUUUAUUUUAGUUGUAUCUCAAGGAUUAUUUCUAGGCAUUUCUUGGGAAUUAGUGUUUGUAACAAAAGCAGAUCAAAGUCUAGCAGCAUAGCUUAACUAGUCCUGUUGCCGAAAAAGUGUCUUGUUACAAUUUUGUUCUAAGUGGAUAAAAAACCAAACUAACUUUCGGACCA